UUGCAGCAAUGAUGACGACACGAGACGAAGCGAUUCUCCAUCUUUCCUUCUUCCCUAUCGUUUCCCGAUCUCCUCCACCUCUUCUUCUUCUUCUUCGCCUUCUUGGCCAUUAAGAAAUGGGCAAUUCAUGGAGCAACAACCGGAGAAGAACCUACACCACUUACCCACCGAACCCUCACUACCCACCGCCACCCUAUUACUACUCCGCCACCGACCUCCAACCUCCCCCUCCUCCUCCGCCGCCUCCCAACCCCCACCAAUUCUACCACCACCUGCCGCCCCCGCCCUUGCCCCCUGCCUACUGCGCCCACCCGCCGGCCGGGUACGGUUCCUGUGGUUUCGCGGCGAACCCGUUGGUGGGCCGGGUCCACCACUACCCCCACCAGUACUAUGCAAAUCAGCACGGCGGUUGGCCAGUUGUCCGGGCAGCCGUGGCCCAGCCGCCGCCGCCAUACGUGGAGCACCAGAACGCUAGGAAGGUGAGGAACGUGGUGAAUGUGCACAAGGAUACGGUUCGGAUCCGGGUCGAUGAGCUGAACCCGGAUCAUCACUUGGUGUCCUUUGUCUUCGACGCUUUACAUGAUGGGAGCAUCAGGAUAUUGUACUUUGCAAUGGAAGAGUCCAACUGCAGGUUUGUUCCAAUACUUCCUGAAGCCUUUACGCCAUUGAAGUUCCCCUUCCAAAAGGGGCUUCGACAGGAGUUCUCUCAGCCUUUUGGGACAGGCAUAGACUUGGGCUUCUUUGAACUGGAUGAUCUCUCAAAACCCUCUCCAGAGGAAGAUGUAUUUCCACUUGUAAUAGCUGCAGAAACAUAUCCACAACUCAGUUCAGGAGAUGACCAUACUAGUUCUCAAUCCCCUCACAUGCAAAUAACUCAAGCCGUGCUAGAGAAAAAUGGCAGUGACCCUUUUGAGGUGAAGGUGGUUAAGCAGGUAUUGUGGGUUGAUGGAGUUAGGUACGAGCUGAAGGAGAUAUAUGGUCUGGGAAGCUCGUCUGGUGAGAGCUAUACUAAUGAAGGUGACGGGGGAAAAGAAUGCGUGAUUUGCAUGACCGAGCCAAAGGAUACCGCUGUUUUACCUUGCCGACAUAUGUGUAUGUGCAACGAAUGCUCAAAAGCAUUGAGGCUUCAGUCGAACAAAUGCCCCAUCUGCCGUCAACCCAUUGAGGAACUGAUUGAGAUCAAGAUAAACAGCGACCAUUCAUGAGGAAUUGUUUUCUUCUCUGCUCGCAAGACUAAGCCAAUAUGGUAUGCUCAUACUUUAUUAGCUGGUCAAUUUCUCAGUCUCACCCAUUCUGAUGUGUUUAUAUAUAUGUACUUAUGCUGUUGCAGUGCAGCAGUUGUAGAAUAUUGUAAUCUAUUACCAGUUUGAGUGUACAGAUUAUGUAAUGAAAGUUCAGAGGCGAUAGUGAUGAGAGCUUUGGUUUUCAAACAAGCUCAAAUUCUUUACCGGUUAA